AUCACUCUUCUCCUGUAGCAAAACAAAAUUCUCACUUCCCAGUUUGGUAUCCGAAGUCCCUUUUUCUCUCUCUAAACCUCUUCCUCUGAACCUUUUCUCUUUUGGCUUCUCUGCAACUUACUUUGUUGAGCUUUCCUUUACGGAGAGCAAAGACUUUCUACAUUUUUAGAGCUCAGUCUUUCUGUACAAAUCUUUUGACAUCCUUUUUUUUUUUUAAUUUAUGUUUCAUUUUUUGGGUUCUUUUCGGUUCCCAUUUGAUGAGUGAUUGAUCUCAUUCUAGAGGCGACUAAAGAUCCGUUUUUUGGCAACAAUGAAGUCCUCAACUCGGCUGGACUCAGCUGUUUUUCAGCUCACUCCAACUCGGACAAGGUGUGAUUUGGUUAUCUCUGCAAAUGGAAAGACGGAGAAAAUAGCUUCCGGUUUGGUUAAUCCAUUUCUUGCCCACUUGAAGACUGCGCAAGAUCAAAUGGCCAAGGGGGGUUACUCAAUUAUUCUUGAGCCAGAGCCUGGAAAUGAAGCAACAUGGUUCACAAGAGGAACAGUUGAAAGGUUUGUUCGUUUUGUGAGCACUCCUGAGGUCUUGGAACGUGUUUAUACCUUGGAAUCUGAGAUCUUGCAGAUCGAAGAGGCGAUUGCAAUUCAAAGUAGCAAUGAAAUAGGGUUGACCAUGGUAGAAGAUCAUAAAGCAAAACCUGUGGAAUGCAUUGAAGGUAGCAGGCCUCUGCUGAAUUGUAAUGAGGAGAAAGCGAUAGUCCUUUAUAAGCCUGGUGCACACCCAGCUGAAGCAAAUGGAUCAACAACACAGGAGGGAAAUUCAAAAGUUCAGCUUAUGAAAGUUCUAGAGACACGCAAAACUGUGCUGCAGAAAGAGCAAGGCAUGGCCUUUGCCCGUGCCGUAGCUGCUGGUUUUGAUGUUGACAACUUGGCACCAUUGAUGUCAUUUGCUGAGAGUUUUGGAGCCGCACGCCUAAUGGAUGCAUGUGUGAGAUUUUUGGGCUUGUGGAAAAGAAAGCAUGAAACCGGCCAAUGGGUUGAAAUUGAAGCGGGUGAGGCAAUAUCUAGCCGAUCAGACUUCUCUGCCAUGAAUGCAUCUGGCAUUGUUCUUUCUAGUGCAAUCAACAAGCAGUGGCCUGAGACCCCAGAUAGUAAUCGGAAAGCAGGUGUUGACUCCAGUAAAGAUGAAAAGCCUCCCAUGGAUCAACAACCAUCUCCAAGCCAGCAAGAAUAUUUUCAAGGCCAGUUUCCACAUCCAAUGUUCCCUCCUUGGCCUAUUCAUUCUCCACCUGGUGCAUUGCCUGUGUUUCAGGGAUAUCCUAUGCAAGGCAUUCCUUACUAUCAGAAUCAUCCCGGAAGCGGCCCGUUUUUCCAGCCACUGCAUCCAUCAGGGGAAGAUGCUAGACUUAAUGCAGGUCAAAGAAAGGGACAAAGAAGGCAUUCGAUGGAUAGUUGGGAUGGAAAUAAUGACACUGAAACUGGGGAGGUGGAUACAGAAUCGGGAAGAAAGUCUAGUCGAUCAAAUAAAAAGCAAUCCGGCAAAGUUGUUAUUCGGAACAUUAACUAUAUCACUUCAAAGAGGCAGGAAUCAUCUGAUAGUGAAUCACAAUCAGCUUCUGGUUCUGAAACUGAUGAGGAAGAGGGAGAUUUAUCUGUGACUACUUCAAGUGGCAAGCACAAGAACUCUCUGAGAUCCUCAAAAAGUAAAGGAAUCCAUACCAAAUCUGUAGAUAAGUUAGAUUCAUCGGACAUGGAAGGAACAAUUCAUGGGAAUGAGACAGAUGGUGGACACUGGCAAGCAUUUCAAAGUUAUUUGCUAAAGGGUGCAGACGAAGCUGAACAUGUUGUGGAUAAAGGUAUGUUUGCAAUGGAAAAGGAUGUUCGAGUCAGAAGACGACAAAAUACAGCAGGUUGUGAUCCUUUAGUUUUUGAUGAACGAGAUGUAGGUGACAAUCAAGAAGGGAAUAUGAUAGAUAUGCAGGGAAUUAGUGGAAACUUGACCCACAUGACUAAGGCCUCAAAUGAUGAAUCACUGAUAUCAAGAAGAAUGGGUCAAUCUAGUGAUGGUGGAAGCUUCAUGGAUGGUCAAAUCGAUAUACAAUCUGCAGAGGUAAAUGCAAGGAAAGGUAGAUAUAGGAGGUCAACAAAUGAUGACUUUAUAAUGCACAGACAAGAAAACCAGUCUGGUUAUAUGACCUCACCUACAGAUCCAUUGGCUGUAAAUGGAUUUGUGCAUCCAAACAAAGAUUUGGACGGUAGUUCAUCACAUAAUAUGGAUGAUGAUUCAUAUGUGGUUUCAUUGAGGUCAGUCUCAGUAGAUCAAGUUGGAACUGUUGGAAGAUGUGCAAUUGACGUGGACUCUGAGUUCCCAUCAUCUCAAGUGGAAAACUUAUCUAACAGGGUUGGGAGCCAAGUCAAAUAUGAGCCUGAUGAUUUAAGUUUGUUGCCUGAGCGUGGGACAGAAAUGGGGACAGUUGGUUACGACCCUGCUUUAGAUUAUGAUAUGCAAGUUCGUGCUAAAAAUGGUGUCAGGAAAGGCACUAAAAAGGUAGACAAGGACAGGAAAUCAAAACUUAUUCCGGAUAAUUCAGAUAAGAAGAAGAUGGUGGGACCAAUAAAGAAAGGGAAACCUUCAAAGUUGAGUCAUUUGGAUGAAGCAAAGGCACGUGCUGAGAGGCUAAGAACCUUUAAAGCUGAUCUCCAGAAAAUGAAGAAAGAGAAGGAAGAGGAGGAGAGAAAACGUCUAGAAGCUUUGAAGUUAGAGAGGCAAAAGAGAAUUGCUGCUAGAGGCAGCUCCAUUCCUGCUCAGCCAUCUUCACACCAAACCAGAAAACAAUUGCCAGCAAAACUUUCCCCAAGCUCUUACAAAGGAUCAAAGUUUAGUGAUUCGGAGCCUGGAUCAGUAUCACCUUUACAAAGGUUCCCAGUCAGAACUGUUUCUACAGGAUCUAGUGAUUCUCUUAAAGGUUCUAAAUCCAACAAAUUAAGUACUAGCGGUAACUCAGCCAGAAAUAGGUUAAGCCGGUCAGUAUCAUCAUUGCCUGAACCAAAGAAAGAGAAUGGAAGUGUAAUACCUGCUGCAAAGGCAUCCAUGGCCCGGAUUAGAAGAUUAUCGGAACCUAAAAUUAGUAGCAGCUAUCAUACUUCUUCAGUUAAGCCACAAAACACUGAACCAGUAUCAAAGCCAAAAGUGUCAAAUGGACCUGCAAGCAAGAAAAUAUCUGCAAUCAUGAACCAUGAUAAAAGCAAGACUGCAUCUCUCCCAGAACUGAAGAUUAAAACCACUAAAGGACCUGAAGUUCCUGAAGGCAAUUCAGGCGUUAAAAAAAUGCCCCAGAAGGUGAACGCAAGCAAGUCCAGCACAGCUUCUGGAGGUGCUGAGCUGAAAAGGAAUAGUGAUGUAAUAUCACAUCAUGGUGAUGGUGAUGACAAUCAAAUAAUUGAAAAGACUGUUGUUAUACUAGAACGUGAAAAGCCAUCCAUUCCUGCUGUACAAUCUUCAGAAGAAAAUAUGGGGUCAGAAAAGGGGCACUCUAGUAACUAUAUAUUAGGAGAGAAAGCUGAGACUUUGUCAAACUAUGCAGCUGUUCGAGCACCAGUUUCACCAUUUACCAUGGAUGGGGUUGACAGAGAACCUAGUGAACACCAAUUAGAAGUGCUACCCAGUGCAAUUAGGGCCACAACUGAAAAUGCUGGUAAUGUCAAGAAGGAAUUGCCAAAGCAUUCAAGUAUUACCCUUGCUGAAAAACCAUACCAAGCUCCUUUUGCUCGGGUCUCUUCUCUGGAAGAUCCAUGUACUGGGAAUUCAGAGUAUGGUAAAGCACCUCCAACAAGCUUACCGACGACAACAUAUGCAGAGGCUCUCAAAGUUCAUGUAUCUGAUCCUAAAGGCUUGAAAUUAGAAAAGAUCCCUGAAGCAUUAGAUAAGCCUCAGGUGAAGGAAUCAUCGAAAGGGUUUAGAAGGCUGCUGAAGUUUGGAAAAAAGAGUCAUACUGCCAGCGAACGCAAUGUUGAAUUGGAUAAUGGCAGUGUGAAUGGUUCUGAGCCAGAUGAUUGUGGUGUGAACAUUGCUUCCUCUAGCGAAGUUCAUACAUUGAAGAAUCUGAUCUCUCAAGAUGAGACCCCUACUGCUAGUACUACUCAAAAGGCUUCCCGCCAUUUCUCCUUGUUAUCACCCUUCCGAAGCAAGACCAGUGAAAAGAAGCCGAGUACUUGACAAUGUGAAUACUGUUAAAUUUGAAGCUGAGGAAGCCAAAAGUUUGACUUGUUUUUACACCAUUUGGGUUUGUGAAUUGUUACAGAUUUUGUGGUUAUUUAUUUAUUUAUUUUUUUAUUGCCCUAACGAGAAAAGGAAAUUGAUUUUUAUCAUUUUUCUGAACAAUUUGUUUCUGUACAUUCCUGGUUAAUUCAAAGUAGUUGUGGUGAAUUAUUUUUGUAAA